GGUAUGCCCCGCGCCUGCUUCCUGGCAACGGCUGCCAGCAGCCGCGCCCGACUUUCUGGUACGGCCCGCGCUGUCUCCUUGACAACGGCCCACGCAGUCUGGGUCUCCAAGCUCGCCUGGCUUGGCAAUCGAGGUGUGAGGCGGCACCUCCGGACUCCGGGUUACCGGAGGGACCCUGGGAGUGCGCGACGCACCCUCGCCCUCCACCCGGAAAGGCAUUGACCAGUACUACUUGGAUGCAUUUGACCAUCUCCUAGGAGACUUGAAUGAGACUUGGAGUUUCUAUAAGCAAACAAGCAAACAGUUCUCUCGUUUGGAGCAAUGCAGAAAUUCCAAGAGGCUGCUAAGUGUGUGAGUGGAUCAAUAGCUGUUUCCACAUGUCCAAAGUCCUUGAUUGCGAGAAGAUACAUGCUUCAACAGAAACUUGGCAGCGGAAGUUUUGGAACCGUCUAUCUGGUGUCAGACAAGAAAGCCAAACAAGGAGAAGAAUUAAAGGUACUGAAGGAAAUCUGUAUUGGAGAACUCAAUCCAAAUGAGACUGUGCAGGCCACUUUGGAGGCCCAGCUCCUUUCCAGGCUGAAUCACCCAGCUAUUGUCAAGUUCCAUGCAAACUUUGUGGAGCAGGAUAAGUUCUGCAUUAUCACAGAGUACUGUGAGGGUCGAGACCUGGACUGUAAAAUUCAAGAAUAUAAAGAAGUUGGAAAAACCUUUCCAGAGAGUCAGAUAAUAGAAUGGUUUAUCCAGCUGUUGCUGGGAGUUGACUACAUGCAUGAAAGGAAGAUACUUCAUCGAGAUUUGAAAUCAAAGAAUAUAUUUCUGAAAAAUAAUAAACUUAAAAUUGGGGAUUUUGGAGUUUCUCGACUCCUAAUGGGAUCCUGUGAUCUAGCCACCACUUUAACUGGAACUCCCCAUUAUAUGAGCCCGGAGGUUCUGAAACACCAAGGCUACGACACAAAGUCGGAUAUCUGGUCCCUGGCAUGCAUUUUGUAUGAGAUGUGCUGCAUGAAUCAUGCGUUCACUGGCUCCAAUUUCUUAUCCAUUGUUUUAAAAAUUGUUGAAGGAGACACUCCUUCUCUCCCUGAGAGAUACCCAAGACAGCUGAAUGCCAUUAUGGAAAGCAUGUUGAACAAGUGUCCUUCAUUGAGACCAUCUGCAAUAGAAAUUCUAAAACUUCCUUACAUUGAUGAACAACUACAGGACCUGAUGUGUCGGUAUUCAGAAAUGGCCCUGGAAGACAAGAAUUUGAAUAGUCAGGAGGAGGCAGCUUAUAUAAUUAAUGCUGUGCAUAAAAAGAUUCACCUGCAGACCCUGCGGGCACUGUCUGAGGUGCAGAAGAUGACACCAAGAGAGAGGAUGCGGGUGAGGAAGGUCCAGGCAGCUGAUGAGGAGGCCAGGAAGCUGAAAAAGCUUGUGGAAGAAAAAUAUGAAGAAAACAACAAACGAAUGCAGGAACUGAGAGCUCGGAACUUCCAGCGGCAGACUGUGGAUGUGCUCCACGUGAAACAUUUAAUGGGAAUGGAAGAAAAGGAGAGGCAGCCUGAGCGAAGGUUCUUGUUCCCCCUGGAGGAGGAUGGAGAGAGGAGGCCAGGCAGAGUGGAGGAAUUUGAUGACCCAGCUUCAGACAACCUGCCUGAGUCUCAGCCCAUUCCUUCCCUGGAUCUCCGCACCCUUGGGUCAAAUGUGGAGGACACCAUAGCUGACCUUGGAGAUCAUGAGAUCCCAGCAGACCCACUUGUGGCUGAAGAGUAUUAUGCUGAUGUAUUUGAUUCCUGUUCUGAAGAAAGUGAGGAGAGUGAGGAAGAGAAAACAGUAUUCUCAGUCAAGGAUGAAGAGGUUGAGGAUGAAGGACCCCAGCCUGUUUACAGGACAAACCAACAGGACAGUGAUACUGAAGCUCUGGCCAGGUGUUUGGAGCAUGUGCUGGGCUGCACCACUCUAGACACAUGGACUGUCACCAGCUCAGCUCCAGACACACCCUCGGAACCAACAAUUUUCAACAGUGCCACGGCCAGGACCCGGAUGAAACACAUGCGGGAAUCCGCUGUGCAGAAGCUGGGAGCAGAGGUGUUUGAGGAGGUCUACAGUUACCUCAAGAGAGCAAGGCAGCAGGGAGCCAGCGAGGCAGAGGUCUGGGCGGCUCUGGAAACAGUGGUGCCUCGAGCCAGUGACUGUUUUGAGGUUGACCAACUACUCUACUUUGAGGAGCAGUUGCUGAUCACCAGGGCAGAAGGGGUCGGUCUUCCCCAGAACCAUCAUGAAGCAACUGUCAGAAGCAAGCGGGUCCCAGUGGACAAGGCGCCUGUGAAAAUCCAUCAGCACUGUCGCUGACCUCUGUUCUGGGACAUGGGUGCAGAGCAGCGGUCUCGACCUUCAAUCCCUUGUCAAUCUCCUUCAGAGAGUAGUACACUUGGGCCUCAGUGUUGCCAGGUCUAUACUUGGAGACGGGCACAUGGAUCGGCUUGUCUUCCUGAAGAGUAGUCCUGCUCUGGUGCCUUUGGGUCCCAGCAGGGUUGGCUCACCCUGGCCUUGGUCCGGGAGAAGGCACGUACUCUUCACAUUUCCACUCAGUGCCGACUGCUCUGAGUCUCCAGGGACUGUGGGCAGCCUGCUCCUGAGGGGGUUCAUCCCCAGCCUCUGACAUGCUGAGCUGCUUCUCAGGGACCAGAUGUCUCAGGUUACCUGCUUUUGGCCCACUUUACCCUUGAAUGCCUAACAAACAAGAAGCACAUAUGUGUAAGGAUAGAGCGAAUCCUUUCUGUGAUGUCUUCCCCAAAUUCAUCCAAGGAGUAUUAAAGACUUUUAU